AAAUAUUAUUUUAUAAGUGAGAUAAACAAUGUUCUCGGAAUGGGAUGAAAUUUGGCGAACGGUCUUGUUAUAUUGUAGGCAGACUAUGUGCCAAAUUUCAUCGCAUUUGAAAUCCGUUUGAUACCCCAACGGAUAACUAUAGCAGCACUAUCGUUGGUUAAAUAUGAGACUUUUUGAUGUUUCAAAAUGUUGCCGGGCUGCCCAAAUCCUUGUCUCCUUAAGCCAAUCAACUCCUAGACAGACCAACAACCCACCUAGCUACCGCUCCACUUUUGGACCGUCCGAUCAAAAUCGAAUGGUCCAAAAACGGAUGGAAAUCCCCAACCCUAGCAUCCCUACAUGUGAAAGGAAAGUACCCCUGCCUAAUUGGGAAAACGUAGCCCCGAGCGCUUCCCAAAUCGGCACUAGCCACACCAAGCUCGCCACUCGCCCACCAGCCACCGUCGUUCUGCCACGAUGUGGACCUUUGGAUUCAGAUCCAAACAACCCUCGCGCAUCUCCCCAACCUCCACCCAGCCUCACACCACCGCAGGCCCGCAAGGCCCGGGGUAGGCCCUCCCUGGCCUGGAACCCCGUAGCCACCACCCAAGGCGCACCACCGCUCGCUCCCACUCGCCCAUGAGCCAGCCGCGUCGCCACAUGCUUCCCUGCCCCUACUGCGCCGCUCGACCCCUCGGGCAAGGCUCUUACCGCCCUGCCUCGACCCCGCCACCCGCCACCUUCACGCUGGCAACCAGACAAGACCGUGUUGUCGUGUCCUCCCUUCUCCCUCCCUCCAGUGCCGUCGCCAUGGGAGCAAAGCUCCAAGACGCCGCCGCUGUUAGAGCUUACCUCACCACCGAGUGCCCCUCUCGCCUUCAGCCAGAUCCGAGCAGGCGCCACCCGGAUCUGCAUCAUCGGUGCCUCCUCAACUCCUGGCGACCAACGUUCUCGCUGCCACACCGAACCAUCAUCGGCCCAGGAUGGGCCUGCCCUUUGUCGGCAUACGACAGUCUUCGGGACCAGCAAGGCCCUCAGCUGUGGGGAUCACAAUGCACAAAAAACGGAUCUAGCAGUGAGACACACAUGUUUACCCAGGUAAUUCGCUAAGAAGAAGAAGAAGACGACGACGUGAUGAAG